UUUCUCUCCUCCCUUAUAAUACAAUAUUCUUUAUCCACUGCGUGGAUAGAAUAAAUUAUUAAAUCAUCACCUUCCUCUUUUAUUCCUCAUUUUAUAAAAUUCUCACCUAAAUAAACCACUAAUUAUCCAUUAAUUAUCGAGAGAAAAAAAAAAAAUGGUUGCUCCACGCUUAGCUAAAAUAUUCUCUAUCGCUGUAAUAGUUACUUUCUUACUCUCCUCGGUUGAUGCUGGUUGCCCUGAAAAAUUAUCAAUAACUUCCAAGUCUACUGAAAAAGAGAAAAGUGUUAUCGUUGUCUUUAAAAACGAGGCUGCUGCUAAAAGGCAAUAUGAUAUGUUUAAAAAUUGUUUGGAUGCAGAUGUUGAUAGUUUUGAUAAAAUUAAAUCUCUUAGCAAAAGCAAAAAAAGUAAACCCACUUUCACUAGUUUCGGAGUUUUUAGUCUUUUUGGUCUUACUGGAAAAAUGACAUCACAAACUGUAAAGGAACUUGAAAAAAUGGAUGAUGUUGAUUAUAUUGAAGAAGAUGGUGAAGUUAAGACUCAAUAUGCAAUACCAUCAUCUCAUCUUAUUAGUCGUGCAGUAGACAAUAAUCCAACUUUCAACAUUGAUCGUAUUGAUCAAGCUAAACGACCUCCAGAUGGAAAAUAUACUUUCCCCGAUUCUGCUGGACAAGGGGUAACCAUUUUUGUUGUCGAUACUGGUAUUAAUAUUAACCAUAGUGAAUUCGGUAAUCGUGCCAAAAUCGGAGGUUCUUUCUGUAAUGGAUGCAAUGAUGAUGAUGAAAAUGGUCAUGGUACUCAUGUUUCUAGUAUUGCGGCUGGAAAAACUUUAGGAGUAGCAAGAAAAGCCAAUCUAGUUGCUGUUAGAGUUUUAGAUGCUAAUGGUUCUGGUUCAAAUAGUGGAGUUAUCGCUGGAUUGGAAUUUGUAGGAAAACAACACAAUGCGAGUAAAAAUAAGAAAUCAGUUGUCAACAUGUCUCUUGGAGGUGAUAAAUCAAAAGCUGUAAACGAUGCUGUCGCAAAACUUACCGCUGCUGGUGUUCACGUAGUUGUUGCCGCUGGUAACGAAAGUAAGGAUGCUUGUAAUACAUCACCUGCAUCUGAACCUAGCGCUAUCACAGUCGGUGCUACCGAAAAAGAUAGUGACGCAGUCACAGAUUUCUCAAACGAUGGAAAAUGUGUAGACACUUUCGCUCCAGGUCGUGAUAUUGAAGGUGCUGAUUUUCAAGACGAAAAUGGUACUGUAGUAUUUUCCGGCACUUCUCAAGCUUGCCCACAUGUUGCUGGUACUGUAGCUCUUAUAAUUGCCAAGAAUGGUAACAAAUCACCAGAUGCAAUGGCAACGGAACUUAAAAAUUUAUCAACAAAGGGGGUCGUUAAAGGUCUUAAGAAUGGUUCUCCAGACAGCUUUUUACGUACUCCAAGCGCAUAAAAUGUAUAGAAUACUUUAAAUAGAACGGGCUGAGAAUAUUUUUUUUUACUUUUAUUUAAUUUUUGACUCUGGUUGGGGUGUAUUUUAAUUAGAAAUUCUAAACACUUUCUUUAAAAAUCCGCUUAAAAAAAAAAUUA